UGGGCAGCGUAUUUGACUUUCGUCUUAGAGGUUCAACCGACCUCCUAAGUCCAAUCUCUCUCUCUCUCUCUCUCUCUCUCUCUCUGUGUUUUGCUUAAUCAACUGAAACUCUUUGACAAUAAUCCUCUCAUUCGUUCAUUUUGAUGCGUAAACCUUUGUACACAAGUCAAGUUUAUUUCUCUCUGCAAAAGCUCCUAAGCACCCACUAACCAUGGCUCGGCCUUGGACUACCACCACAACUAUGACUUGUUGUACAUAUUAUUAUUGUAUCAUAAUACUACUAAUGGUUUUGUUGAGCUCGUGGAGGAGCUGUGACGGGUUGGGAACAUUCGGGUACGGAAUCCACCACAGGUUUUCGGAUCCAGUGAAGGGAAUUCUGGGUGUUGAUGAGCUUCCAGAGAAAGGUAGCGUAGAUUACUAUGUUGCUAUGGCCCACAGAGAUCGCAUCAUCCGUGGCCGCCACCUCGCCUCCAUCAACGACCAGUCGCCUCUCGCUUUCUCCGGUGGAAACGACACUGUCCUCAUUAAUUCCUUGGGAUUUUUGCAUUAUGCUAAUGUUUCUUUGGGGAAUCCAAGUUUAUCAUUCUUGGUGGCGUUAGACACAGGCAGUGAUUUGUUCUGGAUACCAUGUGAUUGUCAGAAAAAUGGUUGCGUAAAGUCCUUACAGUCAUCAUCUGGAGUGGUAGUAAACCUUAACAUCUACAGUCCUAAUAAUUCAUCGACAAGUGGAGUAAUUCCUUGCAACAGCACCUUCUGCAAACAAAGUCAAUGCUCUUCAGCAAGUGCAAAUUGUGGUUAUAAAGUCGCGUAUCUUUCUAAUAACACUUCAUCUACUGGAAUCUUUGUGGAGGAUCUUUUGCACUUAAUUAGAGAUGAUGAUCAAUCACAAGCUGUUGAUGCUAAGAUUACUUUUGGUUGUGGUCAACUUCAAACUGGUACUUUUUUGGAGGGUGCAGCACCAAAUGGUCUUUUUGGGCUCGGUAUGGAUAAUAUAUCUGUUCCUAGCACCUUAGCAAGAUUAGGGCUAGCUUCAAAUUCUUUUUCCAUGUGUUUUGGACCUGAUGGGAUUGGGAGAAUAAAGUUCGGAGAUAAUGGCAGAUCAGACCAAAGAAAAACGCCAUUCAAUAUUAGGUCAACACAUCCAACUUACAACAUCAGCAUUACUAAAACAACUGUGGGAAAAAAUGUUUCUGCACUGGAGCUCAGUGCAAUCUUUGACUCAGGAACAUCAUUUACAAGCCUAAAAGACCCAGCUUAUACAUUUAUUUCAGAGAGUUUCAACUCCCAGGUCCCAGAAAGGCGGCAUCUAUCUGAUUCCCAGAUUCCUUUUGAAUACUGUUAUGACUUAAGUGUAAAUCAAACCAGUUAUGUAAUCCCUGAUAUAAAUCUGACAAUGAAGGGUGGAGACCAAUAUUCUCUCACUGAUCCAACAGCAGUGAUACAAACUACUCAGGGUGGAUACGUGUAUUGUCUGGCUCUUCUCAAAAGUGAAGAUAUAAACAUCAUAGGACAGAACUUCAUGACUGGUUAUAACAUAGUUUUUGAUCGCGAGAAGAAUGUAUUGGGUUGGAAGGCAUCUAACUGUUAUGAUGAAGAGAAUUUGAGCACUCUACCUAUCAGCCCAUCACACUCUCCAGCUCACUCCCCUGCUGCUGUCAAUCCAGAAGCCACAGAAAAUAGUGGAACCAAUUCUGAUCCAACUGUGUCACCACCAUCCAGUUAUUCACCCAAGUUGAAGCCUUUUCAUUACACACUUGCGAUGCUUCUUCUUUCAUUUCUUGCCAUUGUUUGAUUAUUCUUUUUUAAGUGCUGAGCCUUUCUUGGUCUUUGAAUCUUUUAUUCGGAUAUGCAUUGUUUUUCUGGUCAUUACAGAACAGAUUGGAAGCUUAUUGGCUUCCUAUUUUUGUUGGUGUUAGUAGCAUUAGUUUGAACAUGAGGUUUGUAAAUAAUUUUUAUUUAUUUAUUUAUUUAUAAGCAGAAACCAUUGGUAUAGA